CUGGCGGUGUGCCAGCUCGCCUCCGCCCGCUGACGGAAUAGCCGCUGCGGCCAGGAAGGGCUCUCACCCGCUUUAUCUUCCCAUCGUGUGCCUCACACUUUCGUGGCUGGUGGUUCCUGAGAAGCUUGGCUAGAACGGGCUGUGGGCUGCAGAGUACAGUGUAGAUCGCAGGAGCAGGACACGAGGGACACUGCUCCAUCCCACAGAACGCUUCAUGCAUUUGUAGACCAAAACAUGGGAUUAGUUUUUAUUUUUAAAAAGACAUUGUCAGUCAUCCUGAUCCAGCUAUCAAGUUGGCACUGAUGAAGAUGCUGUGCCUGCUUUUCUUGGGCUAGUAGUCGUUCUGAAAGUCUCUUCAAGGACAGUUUCUAUUUGAAAACUCAAGUAUCCAAGAACGUCAGGAAAUGGCCUAACGGCGUACUCUAUUCGAGGACUACAGAUUUCAGAGACUCCACUUGGACUCCAGUUAGUCUCCAAAGUCAUUCUUUUGAUUUACUUAAUUUUGAAGAAUUUUAUAUAAGCAACAUCAAAAGAUGGGAGAAAAAAAUGGUGACGCAAAGACUUUCUGGAUGGACCUACAGCAUGAUGGUAAAGUUGACUUUAUGUUUGAAAAAACGCAAGAUGUGCUGCAGUCACUGAAAAAGAAGAUAAAAGAUGGGUCUGCCACAAAUGGAGACUACGUCCAAGCAAUGAUCCUAGUAAGUGAAGCAACUGUGAGGAACAGUCCGACAUUGGAAAAGGAUCAUAUACCUGUGACUCAGAAUGAACAGGGAAACAAAUCAAAUGCAUUUCCCUCUGCAUCAUGUGAAAACUCCUUUCCCGAGGACUGCACCAUUCUAUCUACAGGAAAAAAAAUAUUCCUCCCUGUGAAUAAUAAAGUUGAAGAUUUAGGGGAGAAGGAGCGCCCUCUGAGUAAGCUUUUCCAACGCCACAUCUGCUCCAGUGCUUGUCUGGCGGGAAGGCCACUGUGCUUGAAGGGAGAAAAUCCCCUGCAGCUACCAAUCAGAUGUCACUUCCAGAGACGGCACGCAAAGACAAGCUCUCGGUCCUCAGCUCUCCACGUCAACUACAGAGCGCCCUGUGGACGGACUCUACGAAACAUGGAGGAAGUUUUUCGUUACCUACUGGAGACAGAGUGUAACUUUUUAUGCACAGACAAUUUUUCCUUCAAUACUUAUGUUCAGUUGACUCGGAAUUACCAAAAGCAAGAAGUUGUUUCUGAGGUGGAUGUUAGUAAUGGGGUGGAGUCGGUGCCGAUUUCCUUCUGUAAUGAAAUCGACCGGACUAAACUUCCACAGUUUAAGUACAGAAAGAAGGUAUGGCCCCGCCCGUAUUAUCUAAACUUUUCCAGCAUCUUUUCUGCUUCAUGUGACUGUUCUGAGGGCUGCAUAGACAUAAAAAAGUGUGCAUGUCUUCAGUUGACGGUAAAGAAUGCCAAAGCAUGUCCCUUGCUGUCUAAUGGAGAAUGCUCUGGUUAUAACUAUAAGAGACUGCAGAGACUCGUACCUACUGGCAUUUAUGAAUGCAACCUGUUGUGCAAGUGUAACCGACAGUUGUGUCAAAACCGAGUCGUCCAGCAUGGUCCCCAGGUGAGGCUGCAGGUGUUCAAAAGUGAGAAGAAGGGCUGGGGAGUGCGCUGCCUGGAUGACAUUGACAGAGGCACGUUCGUGUGCAUUUAUUCAGGAAGGCUACUGAGCAAACACACUCCUGAGAAAACGAAUACUGAUGAAAAUGGAAGAGAACAGCAGAACACUGUGAAAAACACAUUUUCCAGAAAGAGAAGACUAGAAGCUAUAUCUUCAGACUGUGACGCACAUCCUGGAAGUCCUAAAACUGAGAAGUGUCCUCCUAAGUUUAGCAGUGAUCUCAAAGAGCCUGUUGUAGACAUGAACUAUAGAAAUAUUUCAAGAACUCAUCAUCAUUCAGUCAUUAGAAGCCCUAAAUGCAAGACAACUAUUUUUCAUUACAAUGAGAAAAACAUGGGAUUUGUUUUCUUAGAGUCUGCCGCCCCAGGAGAUGAGUAUGGAUUUAAAGCCGCUCAAGAACACUUGAACUCCAAAGCCAAGAGAGCUCACGAGGACUCGAGUUCAAACCAGGUUGGGGAUUCUGAAGACGAACAGCUGACUGAAUCAGAUGUGAUAGAUAUAACUACAAGCAGAGAAAACACUCCCGAGUGCAGGUGGAAGCACACAGCCACACUGAGUAGUGAGGACACUAACGAGGUGCCUGAAGUCCCAGAAAAAAGAUCCCAAGAGGAAGAGCCUGCAGCCUCUCAAAGCCAGCAGGUCUCGUGUGGUAAAGAGCUGCCAAGUGAAAGGACAAAGACCCCACCCUCUUCCCUGUUACAGCUCACUGAAGAGAGUCUGUUUCUAUUGGAUGCUUCAAAAGAUGGAAACGUGGGCCGUUUCCUCAAUCAUAGUUGUUGCCCAAAUCUCUGGGUACAGAAUGUUUUUGUAGAAACACAUAACAGAAAUUUUCCACUGGUGGCCUUCUUCACCAACAGGUAUGUGAAAGCAAGAACAGAGCUAACGUGGGAUUAUGGUUAUGAAGCUGGGACCAUGCCUGAGAAGGAAAUCCUCUGCCAAUGUGGGUUUAAUAAGUGUCGGAAAAAACUAAUAUGACUUCAUAUCUGAUGCCUGUUCACGAAAUGACCAGGUCCAUCUGUCAGUGAAAUCGUGGUUAAUUAUUCUGCUUCCCUGGCUCAGGGCGUUCAUGUUUUAUGUCUACUUUUGUGUAAUUUAGGUCAGAAACAGAAUAAGGACACUCUCAUCUGCAUCAAGUAUCACAUGUUAUUUAAUGUCACAUGAUAGAAUGUAAAUAGUUUUAUGUACAUACCACUGUAUAGUUUAUAACUUUUGUAUUUUAUAUAUUAAGACAAAAUUACAGUAGAAUUUGUAUGUUUCCAAGUUGUUUUGUGAUUAUUUUUAAUUUAUGCGCCAUGGACCAAAUUUUACAUGUUUAACCUACAAACUUGAUAUUAAAUUCCUGGAAAUGUAUUGACCUUUAUGAACUAUAAGUGGGGGCAGGAGUCUGAGGACUGUGCAGGAGCUAGCUUUAUGCACGUUAGUUGAAAGUGUUCUUUGUUGGGGAUUAAAGCCAUGGCCUCCUGCAUGGAGGCACUCACUCUACCACAGAGCUACAUCUUCAGCCCUCCCAAGCAGUUUAUUACUUCAUUGUCCCACUAACCAUUCCAGCAGGGGGUU